AUGGAGAACCAGAGCUUGUCCGAAUUUAUCCUGAUGGGCUUUUCGGUUGGCCGUCAAGCCGAGAUCCUUCUUGCAGUCCUCUUCCUGGCUAUAUACAUUACAUCCCUGGCGGGCAACAUGGCUGUCCUCUUAAUUGUAUUGGCAGACAGUCGGCUCCACACCCCCAUGUACUUUUUUCUCGGCAAUGUCUCCAUGCUAGACAUCCUCUUCACUUCUGUUAUUAGCCCUCAACUGAUAUGGAACCUCUUUUCUAAUGACAAAUCUAUCUCUUUUGCCGGCUGCAUGGCCCAAUCCUAUUUCUACUUCUUUCUGGGCACGGUGGAGUUCCUCCUUUUGACGUCCAUGUCCUAUGACCGCUAUGCUGCUGUAUGCAGGCCUCUCCAGUACCAUGCCAUUAUCAAUGGCCGGGUGUGCAUUCAGAUGCUGUUGGGUAGCUGGUUGGGUGGGUUCCUCUCUGUCCUUUGUCCCACCAUCAUGAUCACCAGGUUAUCGUACUGCAAGUCCAAUGUCAUCAACCAUUUCUUCUGUGACAGUGGCCCCCUGUUGGAUCUAUCCUGCUCGGACACCCGUUUCAUAGAACUGAUGGACUUCCUGCUGUCCUCUCUCGUUGUCCUCUGCUCGUUGAUCUUGACAUUGGUUUCCUACAUGUACAUCAUCUCAGCAAUAAUGCGCAUCUCCACCACCACUGGCCGGUCAAAAGCCUUCAACACCUGCGCUACUCAUCUGACCAUCAUCUCCAUCACCUGCAGCAUCACCAUCUUCAUCUAUGUCACACCAUCCCAGAAGGAGACACUAGAGGUCCACAAGGUACCUGCUGUUCUGACCACCAUUGUCUGCCCCUUCCUGAAUCCUUUUAUCUUCACAUUGAAAAAUGAUAGUGUGAAGCAGGCACUAAGGGAAGCAUUAAAGUGGAACAAAGAACUGAUUGCUCAAAAAACCAUGGGGUUCAGGAGAAAGAAUGCCAAUUUUAAUGAAAGGGGGUGGUGUAGAAGAGUAAGGAAAGGCUUUAGAAAAUACAAUAAAGUAGAAGGUAUCACCUUGCUUGUUGUUCCUUGA